AUGGAGGUGACAAGAUCAAAGGAAUGGAUCUUUAUCCCACAAGGGAAAUACACUCUUGUCCUGUUAAAAGAAACUUGUAUGACUGGAUGUAAACCUGUUGACACUCCUAUAGAGUUCCAUGCGAAACUGGGAGAUUCUGUUGACAAAUUUCCUGUUAAUAAAGAGAGGUAUCAACAUCUAGUAGGAAAGUUAAUUUACUUAUCUCACACUAGACUAGAUAUUUUCUAUGCUAUCAGUGUUGUUGGUCAGUUUAUGCAGGCACCCUAUGAAGAACAUAUGAAAGCUAUGAAUCGGAUUCUGAGAUAUUUGAAAAGUUCUCUAGGUAAAGGUCUAAUGUUCAGGAAAAUUGAUAAGAAAUGCAUGGAGGCUUAUACCGACUCUAAUUGGGCAAGAUCAGUUAUUAACGGAAAGUCUACCUCUCGAUACUGUACUUUUAUGUGGGUAACCUAG